AUGAAGAAGCAGAAAAUACCUCAAUCGCUCACUUUAAAUGAAAACAUUUGCUUGAAAGUAACAACUGCAAAAGCUCAUAUAACAAUAGCAAAAGGUUGUAGGUCUCGUAAAAUACACGCGAAGUUAAAUAUGUACGAUAAUAACUUGAGAAAGCAGGAAUUAGCCAAGAAAAUUUCAACAUCAUUUAUGCUUGUAGCUGUUGUAUUAGCUUUUUUAUUUUUUAACAUAUUGGCAUUUGUAGUAAACAUCUUGGAGAAAGUAGGUUUACACGAGCUCUAUAGUAAAACUGUCCCAUGGUCCAACACUCGAAAACGGGAGAUGAUGAUAAUUCGCACAAUCCAUAUCUGGAAGAAUUUCUUCCAGACUCUGAAGUGCAUACUUUCUCAUUUGAAGCCAUAUUCGGAAAGAUAG